AUGGAAAAGAUGGAAAAAAAUGAACAGAUUGAACAGAUUGAAAACGAAAAGAAUAAAUUAAUAAAUUUGGAAAAAAAUAAUGAAGAAAAAGAAAUAAACAUGUUAUGUAUGGAAAAUUUUGAAGAGAAAAAAGAGAGUAAUAUAAUAAAAAGAUAUUCAAAAUAUAAUUUAUUAGAAGAAUCAAAUAUAAAAAAAAAACAAUCUUUUAAGAACAGACAAACAUGGGGUAGCUUAUCAAAUAUAUCAAAAUAUUCAUCAAGUUAUAAUAAUAAUAAUAAUAAUGAUAAUAUUGAAAAAAAAAAAAUAUUAAUUAGUUUGGGUAAUAAUAGUUUUGGACAAUUGGGAUGUGAAAAAAAUAAAAGAGUUGGGUUUAUAGAUAUUUCUUCAAUUCCUAUAAAAAAAAAAAAAUCAAAAAAUAUUAAAAAUAAUAAAAAAGAAGAAAAUUGUAAAAAAAUAUAUAAAAAAUUUAAUAAUAUAUUAAAUGAAAUAAAAAAGAGAAACAUAAAUUCUAUACAAACAUAUGAUAUGAAUAAAUCUCUUUGUUGUGAUAAUUUGCAAAAACAAAUAUUAACAAGACAUGCUAGCCAUUUAUCAUUUUUUACAUUAAAAAAAAAAAAAAUUGAAGAAAAAAAUUAUGAAAAACAUCAAAUUGGUACUGAACUGUAUAGGAAUUUAUUUACACGAUUUAGAGAUGAUGGUGUAGAAAGUGAGGUGGGGUGUAAUAAAAAAAUAAAUGAUAGUUGUGUCGAGACGAAUAGGAAGCGGAGCAGUAGUAGUGCCUUGAUUGAUAUGGGCCGAAGCAGUAGUGUCUUUAAUGAUAUAGACCGAAGCAGUAGUAGUGCCUUGAUUGAUAGGAAUUGUGCUAAAAUUGCAAAAUGUGUGAAUGUAAGUGAAAACGAAAAAGAGGAAAAUGUUUUUUUCCUAUAUGAUAGUGAACUAGAUUACAAAAAAAAAAUUUUAUCAAAAAGGUUAUCUGAAUACGAUGAUUUUUUAUUGGUAAAUGAAAAUAUGGGGGGAAGUGUUAGAGAAAAAGAAUAUUUUGAUCCAAAGGAAAUACGAUGUGGAAAAUUUCAUUCAGGAAUGGUAAGUAAACAAGGGUUUGUAUGUUUAUGGGGAUUAAAUAAUUAUGGACAAUUGGGUAUUAACUAUAAAAAAUCUAUCUAUACAGAAUAUAAAGAAAUUGGAGAAAAAAAUAAAGUAGGAAAUAAUUGGUAUAUAGAUAAACUGUUUAAAGAUGAUAAGAAGAAUAAAUUAGAUAAAAAUAAAAGUAUUUUUUCUAUAUUUAAUAAAAAAAAAAAAAAAAUAUGGCCAUAUAUAUAUAAAUUAACACCAUUAAAAUAUUUUGGAUAUAAACAAAAAGUAAAAAAUAUAAGUUUAGGUUCAUAUCAUACAAUGAUUCUAACUUAUUGUGGAUUUGUUUUCACAUUUGGUUGUAACAAAAAAGGACAAUUAGGGUUAACAAAUCGUUAUGAUAAAAAAAUAAAAUAUACAAGUAAACCAUUUAUGAUUCCUUUAAAUAACAAAGGUUUUAAAAUAAAAAAAAAUAAUAAAUAUAAAAAUUGUGAUGUUACUACUUCAAGAGAAGAUAAUAUAAAAAAUGUGUGUAAAAAAAGUGAUAAAUUUUUUUUUAAUGAUAAUUAUAAAUAUCCAAAAAUUUUUCAUCCUAUAAUUUAUAUAGAAUGUGGGGCAUAUACUAGUUCAAUAAUUGAUGGGAAUAAAAAUUUGUGGAUGUGGGGUUGGAAUAAAUAUGGGCAAAUAGAUUGUUCAUAUAUAAAAGAACAGAUGGAAAAGAUGAAAAAAAUAGAAAAAAAAAAAGAGAAUGAAAAUGAAAACGAAAAUGAACAGUUAUAUAGAAGAAAUAGUAAUAAAUAUGUAAACAUUCCAAGAAAUAUAAAAAUAAAAAAUAAAAAUAUAAUUCAAAUAAGUUUAGGAAAAUAUCAUAGUUUGUGUUUGACAGAGGACAGAUCAGUUUAUGUAUGGGGAUAUUUAUUAAACAAGAACAAAAAAAAGACAGAGAAAAAAAAAAAAAAAAAAAAAAAUAAUAAUAAAAUAAACGGAUUAACUAACGGAAUGAAAAUAAAUAUAUGCUUUUUUAAAGAUAAAAGUGAUAAAAAUUAUUAUAAAUAUUUUAUAAAAAUAACAAAAAUUAAAUGUUUAACCAAUUUAUAUAUAUCUAAUAUUGUAUCUUCAUGUACCCAUACUGUUUUUAUUGCUCCAAUAAAUUAUUUAAACAUAAAUGAAAUAAAUAAUAAUUUAUUAUAUACAAAUAAAAAUGCUGGUGAUAAAUAUAGACGUAAUAUUCUCUUAAAAAAUAUGAACGAAAAUUCAAAAAACGAAAUUUUGAAAUACUUUUCAGAUUAUGUUAUAACUAGAGGAGGUGAUAAUAUUUAUUAUGUUAAAUAUACAGAUUUAUAUUAUUUAGUAAAUAUAAAUAAAAAUAAAAAUAAAAAUAAUAUUUUUUCUAAAAACAAUUAUGGAAAUAUAUAUUAUAUAAACGAUAAAUUUCAUUUAAGCACUCCUGCUACCAUUUCACAAGGAUAUUAUACGGAUCAAAUAAAUUACGAUAGAAUAAAUUACGAUAGAACAAAUUACGAUAGAACAAAUUACGAUAGAACAAAUUACGAUAGAACAAAUUACGAUAGAACAAAUUGCGAUCAAAUUAGCAUGCUUAAAAAUUAUGAAUUAUUUAAAGAAAUAAAAUUAAAUAGUAGACAAAAUUAUGAUAAAAUUCCCCAAAUGGAGGUAGACAGUUGCAAUUAUCAUAUAAAUAAGAUAAAUCAAAUUUUCGAAAAAAUAAUGAAACCUUUAUAUAUAUAUAAUGAAAAUAAUUUAGGAGAAAUAAAUAAUAUACAAAUAUUUCGUAUUGGAGUUGGGAAAAAUUUUUGUAUAUUUUUAACAUCAUCAUCAUUUAGUAAAAUAUUAAAAGAUGUUUGCAUUAAUAAAGAUAUUAGAAAUAGUAGAUAUAUAGAAUGGGAAAAUUGUAUAUCUAAAUUUGAUAUAUUUCGAAACAAUGGUCCUAAAAAUAAUUUAUAUUGUAUUGGAAAUUCAGAAUAUGGACAAAUAUUAUUACCUAGCUAUUGUAAAGAAAGUAAUGUGCCUGUACAUGUUCAUAAAAAUAAGUUGAUAGACAAAAUAAUAUUAAAAAAUAAUAAUAAAAAAUAUCAUAAAUUUUUUAAUAUAAAAAGUAAAAGAAGAAAUAGAGAAUUUAGCAUUUAUGAAAGUAGAAGUGUGAAUAGUUGGGUUAGUGAUAAUGAUCAAGAUUCUAAAAUUGAACCAGAUAAUUUAUUAAAAAUGAAUAUAUCAUGUUCAGAUGAAGAAUUUUCAAUAAAUAAUAAAUCAAUUAAUUCUCAAAUUAAUAAAAAUAAAUUUAUUUCAUUUUCUAAUUAUUCAAAUACACAAUACACUGAACAAAACAAUGUCCAUAAUUAUUUUUUUAAAAAUAAUUUAUUUAAAGAUAAAUUUGAAAAUAUAGAAACAUAUCAAAAUUGGAAAAAUAAAGAUAUAACAAAUAAAGACAUUGAAAUGAAUGAGAGAUUUGGCGAAUUAUGUCAGAUAGGAAGAGUAAAAAAAAUGCAAAAAAUACAAAACAUGCAAAAAAAUAAUUGUUUAUUUAAUUUGAAAAAAGAAACAUGUCAAAAUUAUGACUUAAAAAAUGUGAUAAAAUUAGAAAAUAACAAUCUUAGCUUCAUCCAAAUAAAAGAUAAAAAUUGUACAAAUAAAUCAUUUUCUUUAUUUGAAAAUAUAUUAGAUUAUAAAUAUAGUUUAAAAUGGGAAGAUGAUUAUAAAGAUGUUCAAAUAUAUAGAUCUGUUUCAGAAAAUUAUGAUAAUAAUAUAAAUAGUAGAAAAAACAAUUCAGACAAUAACAUGGGUUUUAUAUUAAAAGAUAUGUAUAAAAAUAAUCCAAGCCAUAUUUCAAAUAAAAGUAUAAAUUUUGAUUUUACUGAAGAAUCAAAUAAAACUAAAGGAAGCUAUCAUGGUUGUAUAUUUAAUAAUAAUUUUGGAUCUUUUUAUAAUAAGUUAUAUGGAGAUAAUGAUAUGAAUGGGAAAAGAAGUGAAAUAUUUUCUUUAACACAUGACUAUUGUAAUGAUGUAAAAAAGGAUGGUGAAAAUGGUGAAAAUUGUGAAAAUUGUGAAAAUGGUGAAAAUGGUGAAAAUUAUGAAAAUUGUGAAAAUUGUGAAAAUGGUGAAAAUUAUAAUUCAUUUUCUAUUUAUACAAGCGAUGAACAAGAUGAUUCCAUACAAAAUAAAAGAAAAUUUUCUUUGGGAAAUAAAAAGGAAAAUAUUCGAAAUUUAAUAUUAAGAUAUAUUGAUAAUAUAAGUGAUGACAUUUUUAAAAACCAAAAUUGUUAUGAUAAGUUAAAUAAUAAUAAAAAUAUAAAAAGACAUUUUAAAGUAUUUAAAAAAAGGAAUUCUUGUUUAUGGAAUUAUUUUAGAUAUCAUAAAAAAAAUAAAAGUCAUAAAAAUCAUUCAGAUAAUAUUGUAAAUAUUAAUUUAUUAGAUGUUGCAUGUGGAGAUUAUCAUUCACUUAUUUUGGUAGAAAUUGAUAUAUUAUCAUAA